CCGGGGCGCGGCGCCCGAGUGGACCGGCCCGAGUGGACCGAGGCUUGGCCGGAGCCCCGCCGCAUCGCCGCCGCCAUGGACCCGUUCCUGGUGCUGCUGCACUCGAUGGCGGCCGGCUUGACGAGCAGCGAGCUGACCGAGCUCAAGUUCCUGUGCAACGGGCGCGUGAGCAAGAGGAAGCUGGAGCGCGUGCAGAGCGCCCUGGACCUCUUCACCGUGCUGCUGGAGCAGGGCGACCUGGGCGCCGACGACCCCGACCUGCUGCGCGAGCUGUUCGCUUCCCUGCGGCGCCAGGACCUGCUGCGGCGUCUGGACGACUUCGAGGCGGGCGCGGGGGCCGGAGCCGGGGCCGGGGAGGAAGACCUGCGAGCUGCAUUUGACGUUAUCUGUGACAACGUGGGGAAGGACUGGAGAAGACUCGCUCGCCAACUUAAAAUUUCAGACACCAAGAUCGACGCUAUCGAAGAGAGAUAUCCCCGCAACCUGACAGAGCAGGUAAGGGAGUCGCUGAGAACCUGGAAGACCGCCAGGAGGGAGGACGCAACGGUGUCCCAGCUGGUGACGGCCCUCAGGGCCUGUAAGCUGAACCUGGUGGCGGACCUCUUAGAGGAAGAGCAGGCUCGGACCCUCCAGAACAGGAGUGGGUCCGCGUCCCCGAUGGCCUGGAGCUCGGCUGGUUCUGCCUUUGGGGCUCCCUGACUGCUCAGCCCUCAUCUCAAGAGAGACGAAGGACAUCUGCACCUUGGUUCUGUCCCCCAAGGUGUAACCAAGCACCUCUGCGCCCACCACUGGGGAGAUCCUGCAGCAGCUGUCAGUGAGGACUGGCCCUUUCUGAGUGCUCGCUGGGUGCCAGGCAGAGAACUGCGCAGGCAUCGUCGUUUAUCCCUCACAGUCGCCCCGUGAGGGCUAUUCCGCUGUCCCCGUUAAAUGAGCGAAUAGGGAGAAAAUGCAGCAGGUAUGUCCGUCACACGACAGGAGUGUGUAGAGGUUAGCGGUUGUGCCUGUUGUCACUCUGCAGGGGAGGCAGCCAGCCCAGAGAGGUUGAGGAGCCAAGGAACGUCCCAGAGCAGCAACAGGGGAGCAGGGUUUGGAGCCAGGGCAAGCUCCAGUGCCCUGGCUUUCAGCAAACGCUGUGUCAUUCCGCCAGUCCAUGCUAGGCCAGAGGGACAGUUUGCCACGUGUCCUUGGGAGUCCUCAGUCUAGGCUCGAGUACCAGGGCCGGCAUGGGGGUGCAGCUUGGCCUGCCCUGGACCACGUCAAGCUGUCUCUAAGCUGGGAAGCAGGGACAGUGGUGGUGGGAGGAGCCAGGUGGCACCUGGUCAGCGCUCUGCAGCGUCAGUUCUUACAAGCGUUAUGAUUUGUCUCAUUUUACAGUUUGCUGCUGUUGUAUCAAAAUGGUAUUUUUCUGAUAACAGAACUGGCACGGAAGCUGGGUUUUAUAAUUUAAAAAGCACUCUUCCUUCAUGCUUCCGAGAUACGUGUCCUGAAAGCAGACCCCCCAGCAGUGGAACCUCCGUGUUACCGAGAACUUCAGUUCCUGUCGAUGAUUCAUUUCAAGUGAUGCUUCUCCAAAGUCCCGUUAGCCUGUUUGUCUUGUCCUUUGCAGGUUAUAACGGGCUCCAGUUUGUGACUGGGGUUAAAAAAAAAAUAGUUGCCGUCACGUUGACUCUGACUCACAGCGACCCCGUGUGUGUCGGAGUAGAGCUGGGCUCCACAGGGUCCUCAGUGGCUGAUUUUUCAGAAGCAGACUACCAGGCCUUUCUUCCAAGGUACCUCUGGGGGGACUAGACCCUUCAGCCUUUUGGUGAGCAGCCGAGCACCAUCCAGGGGCUCCAGGGAAUAGGGUGGCUGGCUUUAAUAACAGCUCCACUCAAGGGUGUUUUCCCCAAGCAAACAUGAUCUGCCUGAGGCAGCUUUCACCUGUUUGAGACCUGCUAGCCUCUGAGAGGCAUCAGAGAGCCAAAUGACUGCUCCUCCUGCUGGCUCUCCAGCGGUGGCCUUGGGAAAGCCACCACUGUGCUGCUGUGACCUAGGCCAGGGUCAUGAGGGCUGUAUGCUCCAUGGGGAACCCAGCCCUUUACCCUGCAGGCCUUCAGCAGAUGCUUGCUGACACCAGCACUGUGCCGGGCUGGGCCGGCUGCGAAGGAGACAGGAGUGGUUCUGUUCUGUAGACGCUAAAAGCCUGGCCGGGAGCGCACAAACCUUACCCAGCUAGUCCGGAGCCGUGGCAGGUGUGGCCUGGCGCCCCUGCUAUGCCCAGGACCAUCCCCACCCCCAGCCACAGAUACCCUUACCAAUUAAUGUGAGUGGCUUGGUGAAUGGGUAGCUCCGGGGAGUCACUUUUCUGGGGAAAGAAAGGAUAUCCGUAUUCCUUGAACGGAGGCAGGUUUGGAAGGCUCGCCUUUCCUGUAAGCUCACAGCAUAAACUGCUGAGGUGUGGGGGUACCUGGUGCUCCGGCAUCGCCCAGCAUCUCCUGCACACACCUCUCCUGAGAGGAGACCCAGACCUGUCACGCCAGGUGCUCGGACGCGGGUCCGACAACACUGAGUUUUCUCCGCUGCAUGGGAGCGAGCGCCAGGUGAGCUUCCACCUCUGGGCUGGGUCCCCACUUCUGGCACUGGCUCACCCUUGAAGCACAGCGCACAGUCUCUGCGCCUCCUGCAUCCAGCGAGGGGCUGGGUCUCCCCUCCAGCACUAACAUCUGGGGACUCCUGUCUGCCAGGCUUGGAGUCACCUGGGUCCCCACCCAGCCUCACCUGGCUCAUCGUGUGGCUUCUUCAUUUGGCCUGUUGCUCAUCUGUAACGGUGUGGAGAGCAGGCCUCAGAGGUGAUGACAUGUAAGAUAGUGCCUGGCCGUGUGCCUGCUCCUGCUGCUUCUCCGUCCUGCCACCCCUGGGCCGCAACUGCUGCCCUUUCCCCAGGACCUGGGACGGCCGGCCCUUGGCAGCCAGGUGGCACCAGAGAACAGCUAUAGAGCAGGGUGGCCUGGGGUGAGCUGUGAGAAACUGCUCUCGAAGACUCAGCCACACACAAACACCGGUUUGGUCCAUUGGCAGGUGUGCCGUGGCAACCGUGAACGAGACAACCUGCCCUUGGGGUGUGUGGGUGUCCCCCAUUUUGUAAAAGGAAAACAUAUAACACUCAAAGGAAAACACAGUUCUCUGGACCCUAAAAGCAGAAAGACGUACCCCACCUGUUUAUAAAGUGCUGGUUAUUUUCUGGACGACAUAAUUGCAAAUUGUUAUUUCUUUGUACUUUCUGUGUUUUCCACAUUUUCUGUAAUAAAUAUAUUUUUCUGAAGAA